AUGGAGGCUCCUGCCUCUUCUAUAUUCGCCCUCUCUGACCUGUGGCUAACUUUCGCCCUCUUCGCAGUCUGGUGGGCUCUUGCCCGCCUAUUCCCCACGACGAAUAUGGGUUGCUCAUCAUCCACUUCCACCGAUUACAACAGUCUCGGGAAUGUAUACCGUGACCAAGGCAAACUCAAUGAGGCAGAAAAGAUGUACAAACGGGCACUGGCUCAGCGGCAGAAGACGCUUGGAGCAGAACAUACAUCUACCCUCGACACUGUCAACAACCUCGGGGUUAUCUAUUGUAAACAAGGCAAGCUAGAUCAGGCAGAGCAGAUGUAUCUACACGCAUUAGCUGGGCGGGAGAAAGCUCUAGGAGCCCAUCACAACUGCACCAUCGAAACCGUCGGCAACCUGGGGAUCGUCUAUUGCCUCCGAGGAGAGCCCGAGAAGGCGGAGCUGGUCUUCAAGCAAGUACUAGCUGUAAGAGAGGAGACGGUGGGAGCAGACCAUAUCUCCACCAUCGACGCUUUGCACAAUCUCGGAAACGUAUAUUGUGCUCAGGCUAGACUUGGCGAGGCGGAGCAGAUGUAUAAACGGGCGCUAGCUGGGAAGGAGGAGAAGCUAGGCGCGGACCAUGUCUCCACUCUCGAUACUGUCUUCAAUCUCGCCAAUCUAUAUCGCGGUCAGGGCAAGUCAGACCAGGCAGACCAGAUGUACAAGCGGGCGUUAGCUGGGACUGGAAAGUCGUUGGGAGCAGAUCACCCUUCAACUGUUGAGAUAGUCACGAACCUCAUGAAUAUGUAUUGUUCCCAAGGCAGGCUGGAUAAGGCGCGGCAGGUUGAGCAAGAAUGGCUUCGCAUGUGA